AGCGGUGAGAAAGAGGGAAAGAAAGGAUAAAAUUACAGAGAUACAUUCUUUAUUCUUGUUAACUUCCCUGAAACGUCAUGCUAACGUCGAAUCCAAUGAAAACUAGUUUCUUCUGUUUGCAAACAAUGCGAGCAAGAAUAUAGUGUUGUCAGCCGACCCUCCAGUUCAUUAUUAAAGCGUCAGUUCGCUCUCCUAUGCUAUUUUGACAGCAUUUUUUCGUUUCCUAUUGUUAUGUAAGAUACAAUAUCAAAGUCCGAAGGAUAUUCUCUAAAUUUUGACGAUAGCUUUAUCGGUCACAUCCGCUUUGACAAACUCAUCGUGCGGAUAUAAUUUUUUAGCAGUCAGUCACUUCGUAGAGGAUUAAUGCGGAGAUGGCUUUUCGUCGCUCCCUUAUUACAGUGAAUCAACAGUUGAGAGUUUUAGGAGGUGUGUAUUAUCGAACCAACAGAAACUACAAUGUUUAUUCGAAGGGACAUUAUAAACCGAGUCGGCCUGUUGCAUAUGAUAAGCAGUCUGUACUGUUACCGGGACCAGAAAGACUUCGUGCUUCAGUAUUUGCUGAUGAUCCCCACAAAGUGACUGGAUCUAUACCCGGAGCUCCGGAAGUGAAAACAGUUUACGAUACUCUAACACACGGACUCAAAGUUUCAAAUGACGGCCCCUGCAUCGGAUCCCGGCCACCAGGUUCUGAAGAAUAUCAUUGGCAGUCAUACAGUGAAGUGCUUGCAAGAACACAAAAUAUCGGAUCUGGGUUAAUAAAACUGGGCCUUAAACCCGUGAAUGACUCUUCCGUAGGAAUAUUUGCAGCUAACAGAGAAGAGUUUUUACUCUCCAUGUAUGCUUGUUCUGGUUAUUCAAUGGUCUUGGUACCCCUAUACUUGACCCUUGGUUUGCCAUCAAUUCUUUACAUCAUCAACCACGCCAAUCUGUCUGUGGUAAUAACAACAAAUAGUCAGAAUACUAUGUCUCUCCUGAACAAUGUGAAGAGUGUACCAAAAUUGAAAAGCCUGAUACUGUGCGAAGAUCCAACGGAAGAGCAGCUGAAAAUGGCGAAAGAUUCGAACAUAGAUAUCCUCAAGUACUCUGAGUUAGAGGAAAUGGGAAAAACGGACAGAAGAGAGCUUGUGGUUCCUCAACCGGAUGACAAAUUUAUGAUCCCAUUCACGAGUGGGACUACAGGUGUUCCAAAAGGUGCCAUUUUGACGCAUGCAAAUUUGAUUUCUUGCGUUGCAUCUCUUGUGUAUGGAUAUGGGACUGCUGGUAUUUUUGGCGGAUGUAUCAUAUCAUACCUACCAACUGCACAUGUGUAUGAAAUAGUCAAUGAGGUAGCCAGCAUGUACUUUGCUCGUUGCGUCGCAUUUUAUUCCGGAAACGUUCAAGGUCUGAUGGAAGAAGUAAGACGCGUGAAGCCGACCAUUUUACCGGUGGUUCCUAGACUAAUGACUAGUAUUUAUUUGCAAGCUUUAAUGAAGAUAAAAGAAAGCAAAAUCAAAACAGCUUUAUUACCCCUAGCGAUGAAGCAAAAAGAAAAACUCUUAAAAAAGGGUAUCCUUACAAAAUCUACAAUUUGGGACAAAUACGUCUUUAAAGAUUUCCAAGAGCAAAUUGGUGGCAACGUCUUUGCAACAUGUAUUACGUCGGCUCCUGUACCUCAAGAUGUGAUGCAUUUUUUCUCGAUAGCUUCUGGUGGAUACGUAUUUGAAGCGUACGGGAGUACUGAAGUUCUGGCAGCUGUCAUGACUCUUCCAAAAGACAUGCCAUUGGGUUUUGUUGGAUCUCCUAUGGUUUGCAACCACAUCAAAUUAGUUGACGUUCCAGACAUGGGAUAUUUUUCUAAAGAUGAUACGGGAGAAGUGUGCAUGAAAGGUGUAAACGUAUUCAAAGGUUACCUGGAUAAUCCUGAGGCGACCAAUGAAGCCCUGAAGGAUGGAUGGUACCACUCAGGGGACAUCGGCAAGUGGCUACCAAACGGGGCAUUGAAAAUUAUAGACAGGAAGAAGCAUCUUUUUAAACUCUCUCAGGGUGAAUAUAUAGCACCAGAAAAAGUAGAGAACGCUUAUAGUUUUUGCCCUUAUGUCUUUCAAAUCUUUGUCGAUGGUUUUACAGACAAAGACUAUGCUAUUACUCUAGUCGUACCAGAGCCCACAAUGUUCAAGAAGUGGUUAGUAUCUAAAGGAUACGCAGAUAAAAUGCCAGAAAUUCUUUCAAGCAAAGAGCUGAGGAAGGAAUUUUUGCUGAUGCUGCAUGCAAUUGGAAUCAGAAAGCAUCUGAAUCCCUUAGAACAGGCAAAAAAUUUGGCCUUCCUCUCGGAGCCCUUCACUUUCGAAAACGAUCAACUGACACCAACUUAUAAAGUGAAGAGAAAUGUGGUCCGUAAACAUUACGAACAUUUAUAUAAAAAACUCUAUGAAGAAGGUCCUCUGGUAUCUUCUAGUAACUCAUGAGAUCUCUUCUUCAACCAUUUUGUAUUAUAAACGAUUCAUAUGAAAAUCAUUCAUUUUUUUAUACUAACAUAUUUGUGGCUUUUAGAAUGUAUUUUUAUUUCAAAGUAUUUUUUUUUAAAACGAAAUAAAUUCUUUUGCAAGCAAAUUAUAUUUAUUGUGUUCU